GGUGUAUAAAUAAGUUUCACGAUCUGGUUGUUGAAACGUGAGGUUACAAUAAUUCAAACGGUCAGUUGCUUAAUAUUUUGUAAAAUAUAUCGACAUAACGGUAUGGAAGAUUCUUAUCUGGCGCCUUCUCAAAGGCGGGGCAAAGUGACGAUAGUGAGAUGCGACAUGUCCAACGUUCCCGACGUGUACAACAUGGAUCACUGUAACCGUGGUGUCGCUGUCGUCAUCAACAACAGAGACUUCACCACCCUGGGGGUGGGAUGUCGAGGAGGUACAGACCAGGAUGGGAGGGAGGUGGCAGAACGCUGGGAGGAGCUGGGGUUUGAUGUGAGGAUGUAUAUCAAUCAGACCAAGAAACAGAUGCAGGAGGUGAUGACUCAAGCAUCUAAAGACGACCACAGUGACAGCGACUGCUUCGUGUGCGUGAUUCUGUCUCACGGGGAGGAGGACAAGAUCUACGGCACGGAUGGUCCAGUGGAGGUCACCAGACUCUUGGACCCAUUCAAAGGUCACCGUUGUCCAACGCUGACUGGUAAACCAAAACUAUUCUUCAUCCAGGCAUGCAGAGGAAAGGCGACUGACUUUGGAGCCGACGUCACUGACGCCGUGAACAUGGUUGGUGGGGACGAGGACGACGAUGGAGAUGACACGGAGGAGCCGGUGACGUACAGGAUCCCAACAGAGGCAGACUUCCUCAUCGCGUACUCCGUUGUUUCAGGGUACUACUCGUGGCGUGACAACAUACAGGGUUCGGUGUUCAUACAGGCGCUGUGUGAAGUUCUGAAGGAACAUGGCGCAAGACUUGACCUCAUGACCUUGAUGACAAGAGUCAACAAGAUGGUGGCAUACGGAUUCGAAGUUCAAGAGAUACGAGAUGUUAAAAGACCGUAUGUUUACAAGAUGAAACAGAUACCUAGUGUGGUGUCCAUGCUGACCAAGGACGUAUACUUCCGCCCUAAAGAGUAGCAUUUAUUGUAUAUGUAUUGGGUAUAAAUGACUUCUACGCUUGAUUUAGAAAGGCAAAGGGCAAAGGCACGCACACACGCACGCACGCACGCACGCACACACACACUUUUUUGGUUAUUUUAAAGUACAGAAGCUUUCACCGGAAACACAUCGGCUCCCACUCCGAUCAAUCCAGGGGACACAGGAGGCCAAACGGUCUGAAGACUUUCGAAAUAUGUAGUACCCAUGCCCUUGUGAAAUCAUCUAUCAAAGACGGGUUUCGUCCCUUGGAUAAAAUUAACUUUCUCUCUCACGUUUUGUUUCAUGAAUGCGUUACAGGACAAACGUGUCCUUUGAUGUGUGUGUCUUUAAAGCGUCUUUAGAAAACACGAUGUGUCUGAGAAGUAAAUGAGAAUUAUGACGUGGUUUGAUAUUUCAUACUAGUAACUUCAAAUAUUUAAUGGAGACUGUGUUCCCGGUCAGGAGCCAAGACGAUGUGAUCAUUUGUGUGUUGUUUA